AUGUCGGAUACUUACCUUCCAAGGGGAGGCUCUGAAACUUCCCUCAACUCCGCUGCAGACCCGGGCGAUGGCUCCGGAAUCGCCUCACCCCGAACCAGUACGGACUCCCGCCCUUCCACAAGCCAACACCGCCCGUCGCAUAUGCCUCCUGCAAAUCAGCCACACCGCCAGAGCUUGAGCGAGACGCUGCGUGGUCCCCCGGGAUCGCCUCGUACACGUCGACAACCAUCCCUGAACCAGGCCGCUCUCCAGAGCUUGAUCGAUAACCCCCCACCCCCCAAGACUGUUGACUCGGCUUUUGUUGGUCGUGACUGGCGAGAGAUCUCCAUUGGGGAACUUGUUAGCCCGGAGGACCUUCAAUUUGUUGAGUUGGACACAGGAAUUGAAGAAGCAACGACCAUACUGAUUGACUCUGGUACCUCAGUCCUACUAAUUCGCGAGUCUCCCGAGCAUAAUUCUGCUGUUGCUACCUUUGAUUACUCUGAUCUCAACACCUAUCUUCUUCUCGCUGCUGGAUUGACCCUCCCAGCGGAGGAACACCGCGCGUCGUAUGAUGAACUUGCCAAGAAAGCUCGCGAGGGGACGAAGAUUCCCCUCAAAGAUGUAAAGGACUUGGGCAUGGAGAAUGAGCCAUUGGUAACAAUGCCAGCUACAGCAAAUGUUCUGGCCGCCGUCGAAACAUUUGGCGGUGGAAUUCACCGCGUUGUUGUGACAAAAGAAGCCGACGAUAACGAGGUGAUUGGUAUAUUCAGUCAGUUCCGACUCGUCAAGUUCUUAUGGGAGAAUGGACGUAGCUUCCCUAUAAUUGAUGAGCUAUAUCCCCAGGCUCUGAAUGCACUGCAGCUCGGAUCACAAAGUGUGAUUUCUAUCAACGGCGACAAGCCUCUCAGCGAAGCCCUCCAGAUUAUGAACAGUGAGGGGAUAACUUCACUCGUCGUGGUGGAUAAUCAUAUGAACGUGAUCGGCAAUAUAUCUGCUACAGACGUCAAGCUCCUGACUCGGUCCUCGUCAUUGCCUCUUCUUCAGAACACAUGCACACACUUCAUCUCCGUGAUUCUGUCCACCCGCGGCUUGAUCGAAGGCAAAGAUUCUUUCCCCGUUUUCCAUGUGCACCCGACCUCGACCCUGGCCCAUACAGUGGCAAAGAUGGUCGCGACUCGAUCGCAUCGGCUCUGGGUGACCGAUCCGCUCUCCCCAUCAUCGUCAGGACCGCCAACUCCUUCGCAUUCGACCCCACACAUUCCUCUAGCUACACCGAACAACGCUGUGUCUCCGCCACCAUCCCCUCUCCCCCAACCUACGACCUCUAUACAGGCCCCUGACUAUGCCACGCCGCAUCUUCCGGCACCACCCCAGCCUUUCUCAGGCAAUGGCCUGUUCUCUCACCCUAGUGGAGUUACACCUCUCGCACCUUCCAUUCCAGCCUCUUCUCUGCCCGGUGCCCGUCUGUCAGGACGCCUCGUGGGCGUGGUAAGCUUGACUGAUAUUCUCAACAUGCACGCUCGUGCCACAGGCCUCAGUCCUGCAGACCCGGCCGAGUCUCGCCGCCGACGACGCAGCAGCUCGUCAAGCAUGAAUUUCCGUCGCAGCGGCGAGGUUGGCCGCGAGCUAUUCAGCCGGGGCGGCAUGUAA